AUGCCUGAUCCAGUGUUACGCGAACGCCACACGAGCCUGUUUAUUUGGGGCGCAGUUGUAAUAUGUGCCAUAUUAGCCACAGUAGUGAUAAUCACCGGCAUUGUUGUGUUUGUCGGUUACAUCGUUAUACGGCCAAAGAUGCCGGUUGUCAGUGUCAAAUCGGCUCAUCUUGACAAUAUAUUCUAUGAUGUGGCCAGUGUACUAACUGUUCAAAUCUCCAUUGUCAUCAAGGCAGAGAACAGAAAUACCAAAGCACAUUCAAGCUUCUACGAUACAAGUUUCAUUCUCGGGUUCAGUGGUCUGGAGAUAGCAAAAUUGGUUGCAGCACCAUUUGAUGUGAGGAAAAAUAGCUCCAUUGAAUUCCAUUACCUUGUUGAGUCCUCUCCUAUUCCAUUAAACCCACAAGAAGCUGAAGUUUUAUACUUUUCAUUGAGGCAGAAUCGAGUAUCUUUUGAUCUGAGAGGAACUACACGGACUCGUUGGAGACUUGGGCUUCUUGGGUCUGUUAAGUUUUGGUUGCAUUUGAAUUGUCAACUUCAGUUUCCAAUAAAUGGGAGUAGCAUACAUCCACACUGCAGCACCAGGUCUAAAUAA